CACAUCCGGCGGCCGCCGUUGUGCAUAAAACCGUCGCUGCCGCCGCCGCCGCCGCUGUCGGCGAGAGCUGCCGCUCUGGCUUCCUCUCGGCCGCGGGAGCGGCUGCUCCAAUGCUCCGGGGCGGCCAUGAGCACCCCGCACUGGUGGGAUCAGCUGCGGGCUGGCAGCUCGGAGGUGGACUGGUGCGAGGACAACUACACCAUCGUGCCUGCCAUCGCCGAGUUCUACAACACGAUCAGCAACGUCUUGUUUUUCAUUUUACCUCCCAUCUGCAUGUGCUUGUUCCGCCAGUACGCAACGUGCUUCAACAGUGGCAUCUACUUAAUAUGGACUCUUUUAGUUGUAGUGGGAAUUGGAUCCGUCUACUUCCAUGCAACUCUGAGUUUCCUGGGUCAGAUGCUUGAUGAACUUGCAAUCCUUUGGGUUCUGAUGUGUGCUCUGGCCAUGUGGUUCCCUAGAAGGUAUCUGCCAAAGAUCUUUCGGAACGACAGGGGCAGGUUCAAGGCGGUGGUCUGCGUCCUGUCUGCAGUUACAACGUGCCUGGCGUUUGUCAAGCCCGCCAUCAACAACAUCUCUCUGAUGACGCUGGGGAUUCCUUGCACUGCGCUGCUCAUCGCAGAGCUGAAGAGGUGUGACAACGUGCGUGUAUUUAAGCUGGGCCUCUUCUCGGGCCUCUGGUGGACCCUGGCCCUCUUCUGCUGGAUCAGUGACCGAGCCUUCUGUGAGCUGCUGUCGUCCUUCCACUUCCCCUACCUGCACUGCGUGUGGCACAUCCUCAUCUGCCUGGCCGCCUACCUGGGCUGCGUGUGCUUUGCCUACUUUGAUGCCGCCUCCGAGAUCCCUGAGCAAGGCCCGGUCAUCAGGUUCUGGCCCAGCGAGAAGUGGGCCUUCAUCGGCGUGCCCUACGUGUCCCUCCUGUGCGCCCACAAGAAAUCCUCAGUCAAGACCACGUGACGGAGGGCGGGCUUCUUGCCAGCCAAGACCCCUGGGGGGUCUCAGAGUUGGGGGUGGGGUCUAUUUUCUUAAAAAUGCUGUUUCCUUGGGCUCUCCCUGGUGUGUGUGGACCCCGGACGCCACUGCUCCCGGAGAUGGAAAGUAGGGGGCUGAGGACUGGCUACAGCGUCACUUUCGAGGCAGUGGCUUGUGGUCCGCGUCCCUGAGCAGCGGGGGACUCAGUGCCUCCUUCCUGCGGGUCUGUGGGCCCCAGACCCCCAGACCCCCAGUUCCUGCUGACAGUCAGAUCCUGCCACAGACAACGCCCUCCACCCGUCUGAUGGAGGACGCCAGGUUUCCAUUUGGGAAAACCACACACACACACACACACACACACACACACACACACACGCGCGCGCGCGCGCUUGUGGCUGUGGCUAGGGAAGCUAGCUCUCUGCUUGCCGUGCUCAAACACCCGGGUUUUACAUGCAUUUGUGGAUCCUUUCACUUCUACCUCUGCUGAGACAUGGAGACCUGACAGGUGAGGGUAAAGCUAAGGAGAAAACCCCUCUGUGCCAAAACGACUGUCCAUUAUAAGCCAUUACUGAAGAAGACGAAGUGUUUAAAUAUGGACACUGUUGCCCCCACCCCAGCCCAGUAGCCUCAGACACACAGAGGAGUCGCUGGGUCCCUCCCCAGACCCCUCCUCACUGCCUGACCUCUAACAUCACCCAAGGGCUGUGACAACCGUGAGGGCGGGGGCCCGGGCUCAGAGCUGGGAGCAGCCACGAAGUUUUGGAGACGUGUUCUCAUUGGACACCUCCUGUGAGCUGCCUGGAUGUUACCUCAAGAACAUCCCCGACCUUUCUCUGGCUUUUGCUGGGGUAAUUAUUCUCCACGCUCGCACUGGGAGGGGCUUCCUGUAGAUUCUCCGAGCAUUUGGGCCGCAGUCCCCAGUGCUGGCAGGAACCACGCAUUGGCUGGUGGGUCCUUGGCUGUGUAGCAGGGCAAAGCUGUUGCCUCUGAGUUUUUCCCACCUAAAGUGACACUGGCUACCACUGAAUCUCCUCUUCCCUGGGCUGGGAUGGAUGGGAGACUCCACAAGCCCUGAAGGUGUGAGGGGGGCGGGGGCGAUUCGCAGCCUCAGGGAUACUCAUUCUCACUCAGGCGCUUCCUGCUUUGCAGCCUACCCUGUGAGGGCAGGGCAGGCCGUCCUUGCGCGGCCAGGAGUCUCGCCACUGUGCGAAGCGCCUCAGAGUUGGGCAGCAGCAGUGAGGCCUGGCCGGGAACUGUUUCUGUGGCUGGAAUUUGCACAGGACCUAAGGCAAAACCCCAUGAAAGAACGGAAUUCGGAGUUUAAAAAUGAAUGACUACCUUCUGUGGUUUUCAAGUUAUUUUAGCAGCAGAACCCUGUUUUCAGUAAGAAAUCUUUAUGGAACCCCAAUGUGUGAAAUGGGUUUUAUUAGCUUAAAUUUACUUUGAGGUUAAACUUAUAGCAGUUCUUAAAUAUAUCAGGCAGUGAAAAUGCAAAUUAACGAUUUGGCGGUUUUCAAGGUAGAAAAAUUGGGUAUUGAAUGAGUGUACAUACUGCUAUAUUGUAGUGUAAAAGUAUAUUCUAAAAACGAUGUUUGAAUUAAAUAUUUCAAGAACCUCUAACCCACCUCUAUGCGACCUAGGUGGUUCAUGAAACAGAAUUUGAAAACUGCUAAGUCCUUUGGGGUUCAAGUCUAGCAUUUUUAAAAGGGAGUUACCAGACUGCCCUCUCUUCUGGUUGGCUCAGCAGGCACGGAUCCUGGUUUCAUCCAUUCUGCACAAUAAAAAUGCCCCCAAGUAAGGGGUUUGGUGUGCUGUAAGCUCACCUGUCUUAGCGUGGAAGCGUAGAUCAGGAGACGCAAAGAGAGGAGGGUAGGACAUGCUUGUGCGUGUGUCUGUCUGGAGGGUUCCUUGGUGAGGGGAGCAUUGUCAAGGACGGACCAUUUACUCCAUCAGAUGCAGGGCUGGUUCCCUGGGGAGCACUACCUUCAGCUCCCAAGGCUUUGACCUCCUGGAAGGUUCUGGGUGUCUUUGGAAAUAGGGAUGAACGGUGACUGCUGGAAGGAAGGAAGGAUGUGCCCUGACUCUCGGGCUAUUUCCAUCCCUCUAGCACAAGAAAUGAUGUGAAUAAGUUCAUCUGAAUAAGUUCAGAUGUCAGGAGGAAUGCUUCUGAUAGGAACACAGUGCCCUACUAGGAACUGGUUUUAAUGCAAUGAGGGCCAAGAAAAAGGUGGGAAGUGGGGUAUACUGAGGAGGGCAAACAUAACCCGUUUGAACAGCAAUCACUAUGGCUUGUCAGCAUGGGAUGGCAAGUCAAGAGAGUAUUUAAGUUAGGUUGAUGGUUUCAUUCAUAUUUGUAGUUACAUAUUUAUAAUGCUUUGAUAGCACUACUUGCUCUUUAAAGAAAAUUGGGAUACUACAAAAACGUCAAAGAAGUAAUCUAUUUCUGUAGCUCAAGGGCAACCAUUCAUAUUUUGGUAUAUUUCCUCCUAGUCUUUUUUUCCCCUACUACAUUUGUAAGUAGAUGUCUUUUAGAGCUGAUGGUUUGUCCUGUGGCUUGAGUGGAAUGAAAGUGUGAGUUGGGUAUUUUGCAUGAAGAGCAGGCUUUGAAGUGCACUCGCCUUAGCGAGACGCUGGAGAGCUCAUCACUGGAUUCUGAGCCCGACUACUGAGUCUUCCCUGCUGAUGGAGCCGCGCGUGGACUCAUGGACUGGAUUCUACUCCUAGAUAUGCUUCUGCUCUUGGACUGACGAGUAAUAGGAAAUAGUGUUAAAUAUGUGGCUCUAAGGUUUUGAUGUUUGCCGAUGUAAAGUGAGUGAAGGGCUUAUUUCAUUAAUGAACGUGCAAUCAAGAAUCGUUCUCCCUGCUGCCACGGAGGGAAGUGGCGAUCCCACACUUGGGAGCUAGGUCACGGCAGUUGCUCUGCUAGCUAUCAGAUUUCUGCUCUGGGUAGAAUUUGCCCCAAAUCAAUAUCCAGAAGGAAUGCAUUUUGCAUAUUAAAAAAAAAGUUACCAUGUUAUUAAGUGAAUGAUUCUUAUUGAAUACUGUUUGGUUGCUUAUUGAUUUUUCGGAAAAGAAAUAUUUAUCCCCUUGAUGAGCAUAUUAUAAAACAAGCACUUCAGUGAACAUAUUUAAGGUGCAUGGGAGCAGAUAUCUGAACCUAUUUGGUCACAUGCUACAUUUUGGGGGAACACUGUCCCUCUGGAGAGCGCCUAAGCUCGAGGGUCAUCAAACACAGGCUUUGUGAAAUGCCAUCACCUAUUCUGUUUAUUGGGUUUCUCAGGUGUGUAAAGCAUCUCACCAGUCCAUCAUGCUUAUAUGAGCCAGUGCCGUCUUGGCGGCCCCAGGACUGGAUUGGAGCCCUCCCUGGCUCUCCCUCCCUCGGGGCUGACAUGGGACCCCCUGUGAGGGACAGGUGAGGGCUGAGGCUAGCCCAGCCAGAGCCCCGACCAGAGCUCCUUUUCUCCUAAUGGACUGGGACCUUUCAUAGCCAGCUCUUUGCCCUGGGUGCUGCCAUUCUAGCUGGCCAAAGAGAAGGCUCGGGCCAGGUUGGGAUUCCCCAUGGCUUUUAUAACAUCAUUCUAUGGACUUCUUUUUCUUGAAUGGCCCCUACUAUAAGGGGCUAAUUGUUUGAAUUGUAUCUCUAUAUGUUAAGCCAGAUUUAAGAGUAUUUUAUAACCACAGUUUGUAAUUAGAACAAAUAUAGUAUUUUCAGAUACAUUCCUUCUAGAGUUUAUACUUUAUGCAGGGUGUGCUGUGUAAGGCGUGUGCCCACUGGCUGUGGUGGCAGUUAACCUCCAUUGCUUUGGGAGUAGCGUAAGGCCUUUUGAAAUGGAGCUCUUGCACUUUAUGCUCUUUCUGUGAACUCUGACAGCUAUGUUUCAUAUUAAAGCCGUGAUGGCAUUUUCUGUGACUAAA